AUGCUUAGAUUGAGAACUUCUUCAGUGCUAGCUUCAAAGCAGCUCAAAGGACCGCUUGCAAACAAAGAAUUUCAAGUUACAACAUAUGCCAGACCUACCGAUCUUCUGAUCACAAGAGGAAAAGGUUCGGUGCUGUACGAUGACCUACAUAACAAAAAAUACGUGGAUUUCACAGCAGGUAUUGCUGUCACUUCCCUGGGCCAUGCUAACGAGAAUGUGUCCAAGAUCCUUUGCGAACAGUCCAAGAAACUUAUUCACUCAAGCAACUUGUAUUACAAUGCCGAAUGCCUAAACUUGAGCAAGAAAAUUGUGGACAAAACCAAAAGUCUGGGUGGCCAACACGAUUGCAGCAAAGUUUUCCUAUGCAGCACUGGUACGGAAGCCAACGAGGCAGCAUUGAAAUUUGCCAAGAAACAUGGCUCUCUAUUGGGGCCUAAAAAACAUGGAAUUGUAGCGUUCGAAAACUCCUUCCACGGCCGUACAAUGGGUGCUUUGUCAGUGACAAGCAACCCCAAGUACAGAACCCCAUUUGGUGAUUUGGUCCCCGGAACUUCGUUUUUGAAUAUCCAAGAUGAGCUCUCAGUGUUGUCGGACUUAAUCUCGUCCAAAAAAGACAAGAUUGCAGGCCUCAUAGUAGAGCCAGUGCAAGGUGAAGGCGGUGUAUUACCCAUCUCUGCCGAAAAACUCGUCGGUUUGAAACAAAUCUGCUCCGAAAACGAUGUCAUUGUCAUCCACGAUGAAAUCCAAUGUGGUAUGGGCAGAACAGGAAAACUAUGGGCUCAUGCCUAUUUGCCCAAAGAAGCACACCCUGAUAUUUUCACAUCUGCCAAGGCUCUGGGCAACGGAUUCCCAAUUGCCGCCACAAUGGUAAAUGAGAAGAUCAACAACGCUUUGCAAGUAGGUGACCAUGGUACGACCUACGGUGGGAACCCAUUGGGUGCAGCAUUGGGUUGCUACGUCGUGGACACUAUCGGCGACGAGAAAUUUUUGCAAGAAGUUAUUCGCAAGGGAGAGAUCUUUAAGAACAGUUUGAAAAAGCUACACAACGCGUACCCAGAUCACAUCACGAACUUGAGGGGCCAAGGGCUCAUGAUCGGUCUUGAAUUUACCGAGGCUCCCAAGGAGGUCAUCAGCAAAUGCAGAGACUUGGGUCUUCUCAUCAUAACUGCCGGUAAAUCGACGGUGAGAUUUGUUCCACCACUCACGAUCACCGAUGCAGAGAUCGAAGAAGGUCUCUCCAUUUUCGAGAGAGCUGUAAAAGAAGUCUACGGCUAG